GCUAACCACGCCAGUAUAACUGAUGCCUCGCUCCGAGGCGGUUCACACUGGUUUAUUGUUGGCUGCCAUGAAGGUGGAGAAGCUAAACAGUGAACACUACGUGGGAGACUGCAGCAUCAACUUCUCUGUGGGUUUGCAUAAUCGUAAAUGCAAAAGCAACUAAACACAUGGCUGAAGCCGUGUUCUGUAGGUGUGAGCUGUAGGCGUGAGCGUGUUUGCAUGUGUGUGUGUGUGUGUGUGUGUUGGUACGUGUGUGUACGUGUGUGUGGGACUGUACAGUGAAACCUGACAGUUAUCUGUGCAACAUGCUGCCACCAGAAAUUGAUUUAUAGUCACACCAAUACCAUCCUGUUGACUCUCUCGUUUCUCCUCAACCAGGAUACCAUGUUCCUCGGAUUGAACGCGGUCUGAAACGUCGACAGUUUGUCCCCGCCGGACACAAACUUCAGCUUCACUCACUGAGCUCCUCCUCGCCAUGAUGGACAGCACGGCCGCUCAAACGCACCCAUCGCCAGACUACAAGCAGCUUCGCUGAUUCAAGCAUCCCGGUGGUUCACAAGGCGGCUUGCCUGUCCAGCUAACGGGCAAAACAGCCCUCGGCUUAAGAUGAACUUUGCCAACCACAGCUGUGAAAGCAAUGAAGACCUCCGGUCGUACCAGCACCAUGUGUACGCAGUGGUGUAUAGUGUGAUCUUAGCGCCGGGCCUGCUGGGUAAUGUGCUGGCUCUCUGGGUGUUCAAGGUUUACGUCAGAGAAACCAAGAAGGCCGUGGUGUUCAUGAUGAACCUGGCUGUGGCCGACCUGCUGCAGGUGCUCUCCCUGCCUCUGCGGAUCUACUAUUACCUGAACAACACCUGGCCCUUUGGCCACCCUCUCUGCAUGAUGUGCUUCUAUCUGAAGUAUGUCAACAUGUAUGCCUCCAUCUACUUCCUGGUGUGCGUCAGCGUGCGCCGCUGUGAGCUCAUCAAGCGCCCGCUCAGGUACAACUCAUCCAGGCGGAAGGGAGACUUGUUAGUGUGUGCCCUCGGCUGGCUGUUAGUCUGCCUGUGCUGCCUGCCCUUCCCUCUGCUGAGGAACCCCGGCAGUGUCCCCAACCCUAACUCGAGUCUCAUCACCUCGGUGUGCUUCUCAGAGCUGCCCAUGAGGCCCGUCAGCGUCCCAGGGGCCUGGGCCCUCCUGAUCCUGGCGGAGCUGCUGGGCUUCAUCAUCCCCCUCAUCCUGGUGUUGGCCUGCACCUGUCUGACUGCCGGGAGCCUCCGGGAGUCGACGGCGGGCGCCAUUCCCGACCGAGGGGAGAAGCGGAGGGCGUUGAGAAUGGUGCUGAGCUGUGCUUUGGUCUUCCUGGUGUGCUUUGCUCCUUACCACGUCACCAUGCCCCUGGACUUCCUGGUCAAAGCCAACGCUCUGAGCAGCUGCACCCUCAGGGACCUGAUCCUCCGAAGUCACCCCGUCACCCUCUGCCUGGCCAGCCUCAACUGCAGCCUGGACCCACUCAUGUACUAUUUCACAACCGAUGAAUUCUGGAGGAGACUGAGCAAGCCAGAGAUACCAGAGAGCAUGGCGUUCAGCAGGCGCCUGUCCUGUAUGACCGGGGGAGAGGACACCGAGGACUAGACUGCAGUCGUCCUGCUCUUUUGUUGAAGGGCCAGCAGUUGGUCUCAACCACUAAACUCUGACACAAAGACCUCAUGCUCCUUAAAACUAGGGACCUAUAAUUUGCAUGCCACCUAAAACAUUUUUUCUAUUUAUAUUUCAAUAAAAAGGUUUGUCUGUUCUUUCUAAAUUUGUAUGACCCCCGGUGAAGAGUGAGCUGUUCCUGUUAUGAAGGAUGUCCUUGUGAUCAGUGCCAACAUUUCUAAGCAUCAGGAAACACAGAAUACAGGCAGACCCCCCAAACCAGCCACACUUUCCCUCUAGAUCCAAGUUCAUGAGCUGGGACGUGUUGGUGCUGCGUUCACUGCCGCCGUAAUAAUAAACAAACAGACAACUUUCAGUAGGUAAAGAAAUGUAACUUUAUUCAGCGACAAAGUGAAUUUGUUUAAGUAGCUGCACACAACAUUGUUUUUUAUCCAAUUGUCUAGUACUUGUUAGACAGAGACACAUUUUUACACACACACACACACACACACUUCCUGUCUGAUUGUCUUUCUGUGCAGGCAUCGAGUGGGAAACCACUUGACCUUUUUUGGCCAAAGGCCAUUUUCAUUUCACACUUUCAAGCUUUUCCUUAAGGGCUUUUCAAUGCAGAUUCAAGGAUUCUUUACAAACGUAUUGUUCCCGUGACAAUUAUAAAUAUAUUCUGCAAAAACUUGUAGCCACCUAUAGUAAGCAGCAGCUCAGAUUCAUAAAUAAGAAUAUUUUAAAAAAGUGAUUUCAAAUUUUGGUGAAACUUCCCUUUUAGUGUCCUUCCCAGUUUAUUGUCACAAAUGAGGUUUCUACACAAACACAAGUCAUAUAAGGGUGCUGGACUCACCAUCUAUUACAUUAAAACAAAUCAUCACAUAGCAGGACAGCAGAGGCCUCUGGGAGCAGUGAGGCACUCUGGGAAAUAUCUACAAAUAAAAAGGCUGACUGAGAGCUCGGGGGCUCGAGCAUUUCUGGUACCGUCCACAAUGGACAUGGACAACCGCGUUGCACGUGCACCGUAACUGUACCGUACCUUACAUUUCCUGGGUGGCUUGUGCUAUAUCCCACUAUAACAUUAAAGUAUGUCUUGCUGAUCUAGAAAACCCCCGUUAAGAGUGGGAACAGUAGGCUGGACACACGGGACAGGUCUGAUAUGAACGACUUCUCAGUUUCAGGAGAAGGACUCGUCGUCUGGACGCGAGUGGUGGAUGAUGUAAUACAGUAACGACGAUAAGAUAAUUCAACAGGAAGCUACGGGCAACCAACGAAAAAAACAAAAUGAAACUUAGUAUAUAGUUAGUUAGCAGGCUGACGCUGGUUAUUAGUACAAGACUAACUAGUGAAUACUUGAGCGAGAGAGCUAUGACUUAUACAGGUUCAGGUGGGAGGGGGGGGGUAGGCUAUAUAACACUGGAACUUAAAUUCACUUAUCACUGGGGUUUAAAGCGAGGGAGUUAAGGGUUUUAUACAAGUCACUUUCUGCUGAAAGCUGUUUCCUCCUUCGCCCACUACUCCCUCCUACUCUCUCUCUCUCUGUGUGUGUCGCUCUCUCUCUGGCUCUCGCUAACACUCUCUCUCUCACUCUCACUCGCUCCCUGACCGAUGCUCUCGCUUUCCCCAUCAAGCCUUGCAGAUCCUGGUCUCCGUCACGAACUUGUUCUCAAAGUGGCGGAUGGUGAAGCAAUCGUCCGCAGAGCGCUUCUGGAUGCCUCCACCUGGCAGACACAAAGACAUCAGCGCUGAAUAUCAAUAUCAGUCUUGUUUCCAACAGAUGUCCCUAAGAAAUCAGUACACGCAGUCUUAUUCUGUUGGCUUUGGCUGGUAUUGGUCAAAAUAGUACAGACAUGUAUAUUUACAGCCCCCCCUCUAUAGCAGCAUUCUUCACAGGCUGGUGCUUUUACAAUGUGUGAAUGAAGCUCAACAAACGGGACAAAAUGUCAGUUUUAGCUGACCUGGGAGGCUGGAGCGGCGCUGCAUCCUGUACGUUUCCUUCCCGUCACACAGUCGGCGAAUGAAGAAGCCCAGAGGCUCGAUGUCGUCGAUACGCUCCGUCACCACCAGGUCCUCGUGCACCAAGUAGCUGCGGUAAGAGCCGGACUGGGAUAACAAAAAAAUAAAAAUAAAAAAGAAGAAGGAAUCACGAUACGAACCACUUCUGGUCUUCCUGAGGAGAGAAGCAGCUCAGUGAGCAGGACUGCAGCCAAGUGGAACACUAACAGAGUGGGAAGGACUUUGUCCAAUUAAUUAAUCAUCGUCAAACUUCUGCAGUCUAUGAAACACUUCCACAUGGGAUAGUAAAAUUUGGUGAUUGCACCACCAUCACCCACCCACCACCAAAUGUUGCAUAACAUGUCAUGGUGGAGGACUCAGUGAAAGCUGUUGCCUACGUGCAGUCUGACUGAUCUCAAACAUGGUGUUGCUGACCGUGUUCCACUCUCACUAAACUUUUUUCAAUACUAUAGUUGAACUGUUGAAUAUUCUACCAGUCAAAAGCAAUUGAUUUCUAUGAUAAUAAUAGCACCAUGGCUCCGUGGAUUGCAAUCACUGAUCCCUUAUGUUUUCAUCUAGCGCCAUCAUCGGGUCGACAUUUUAAUUUGCAAACAAAUUCCCUUUGGUUAUUGACUAACAAUUUGGAAAAUCACAUUCCCAUCAGCUCAGUUGUACUUUGUGUUUUUGUGGUAACUACAACAUGCUAACAGGCUAAACUGAGAUGGUGAACCUGUCAAACAUCAGCAGGUUAGCAUUGUCAUUACCAGCAUGUUAGCAUGCUGACGAUAGCAUUUAGCUCAAGCGCUGCAGUGCCAAAGUAGCCUCAGGGUGCGUCUGAAGACUUUUUAACUUUAUGAUUCAGCAAAGAAAACGCAUGCAAAGUCUUCCACUGUAGACUGCUGCAGGAAUGUGUAAAAAAAAAACCGCAAAAAUGUGUUAGCAUUUUUGCACUUUCGGUUCCCUGGUCUCAAGUCAAUGGUUUUUUGGUUAGAUGCCUAAAAUAAAGCCUGUGGUUAACACAAGCUUAAUGAAUUUAAAAGUAAAGUAAAUAAAA